CUCGCAGCCAGCAGGACACCACUCAUCUUCUUCUCCCCCGCCUCGUUUCCAUCGCCACCACCCUCUUCUCCUGCGGUCCUCCCCCGUCCCACUCCCACCCCCCUCGCCUCCGCCUCCACUGCAGCUGCCGCCAUGCAGAGCCUCCUCCUGCCCACCGCUGCCGUGGCCCCGGUGGCGCCUCCGUGCGGAAGGCGGAAUCUCCCGGGACGCCUCUCCGUCCGCGCCUCCGCGACGGUGGUAGCGGCACCGCGGCGGGAGACGGAUCCCAAGAAGCGGGUGGUGAUCACGGGGAUGGGGCUGGUCUCCGUUUUCGGGAACGAUGUAGACGCUUACUACGACCGCCUGCUAGUCGGGGAGAGCGGCAUCGGGCCCAUCGACCGCUUCGACGCUUCUAAGUUCCCCACCCGCUUUGCCGGUCAGAUCCGGGGCUUCUCCUCCGAGGGAUACAUCGACGGAAAGAACGACCGCCGCCUUGAUGAUUGCCUCCGAUACUGCAUCGUCAGUGGCAAGAAGGCUCUCGAGGCCUCCGGUAUCGCCCACGGCUCCAAGCCCAUGGAAAAGAUUGACAAGACCCGGGCCGGUGUGCUUGUGGGCACUGGUAUGGGUGGCCUCACGGUGUUUUCGGAUGGUGUCCAGAAUCUCAUUGAGAAGGGAUACAGAAAGAUAACUCCUUUCUUCAUCCCAUAUGCUAUCACAAACAUGGGUUCUGCCCUGCUUGGAAUGGACAUUGGUUUCAUGGGUCCAAAUUACUCCAUCUCAACUGCCUGUGCUACCUCGAACUACUGUUUCUAUGCUGCAGCAAACCAUAUCCGUAGAGGCGAAGCUGAUAUAAUGAUAGCUGGUGGCACUGAAGCUGCAAUUAUUCCAAUUGGUGUUGGUGGCUUUGUUGCAUGUAGAGCACUGUCACAGAGGAAUGAUGACCCUAAAACAGCAUCCAGGCCUUGGGACAAGGAUCGUGAUGGUUUUGUCAUGGGUGAAGGAGCUGGAGUCCUGGUCAUGGAGAGCCUAGAGCAUGCAAUGAAACGUGAUGCACCAAUAAUUGCGGAGUAUUUAGGAGGUGCUGUGAACUGUGAUGCUUACCAUAUGACUGAUCCGAGAUCUGAUGGUCUUGGUGUUUCAUCUUGCAUCAAGCAAAGCCUUAAAGAUGCUGGUGUGGCGCCUGAGGAGGUCAACUAUAUUAAUGCUCAUGCAACAUCAACCCUUGCUGGUGAUCUGGCAGAGGUGAAUGCCAUCAAGCAAGUCUUCAAGGACCCAUCUGGGAUUAAAAUAAAUGCAACCAAGUCCAUGAUAGGACAUUGCCUUGGCGCAGCAGGCGGUUUGGAAGCCAUUGCUACUAUUAAAGCGAUAACUACUGGAUGGGUGCAUCCAAGCAUAAACCAAUUUAACCCAGAGGAAGCAGUUGAAUUUGACACUGUACCUAAUGUAAAAAAGCAGCAUGAAGUGAAUGUUGGUAUCUCAAAUUCCUUUGGAUUUGGAGGUCACAAUUCUGUCGUAGUAUUUGCACCAUUUAAGCCAUAAGGUGUUCCUUGCCUCACAAAUCUUGGUCAGAACAGUGAGAUCUGAUUUCUGCGUUCAAUUUUCAUGUGUUCUCUUCGGGGGGGAAGUAAUGUCAGAUUUGAACCAGCAACGUUAAAAAUGAACUAAAGAUGAGAUACAUUGCGUUUUAGAUGACUCCAUGUUCACUUAGAUUGAGCGCGGCUGUACAACAUUCCUUUGAACCAUUUGUAAUUGAUUGUACUGUUUUUCAUGUAAUGGAAGAGGAGUCUUGUAGAUGCACAUCUGGACCUUCUAGUUAAAUAGCAUACAAAUGAAUUUGGAAGGCA